UGUUAGGUACAUGUCAUGCAAAUUGCAAACAGUUUUGUUGCGUAGAAAUAAAUGCUUAAAUUUAUUAUUCGUUUCUUGUUUACUAACAAAACAAAUCAGCUGACUUACAGUGUUUUUUAGACUUAUUUUUACUUUUGUGUACACAAAGAAAUGGCUUUUCAAAGUACAAGUUCAAAAGUAAAUAAACAUUCAAUACCGAUCGAUAUCCUCGACGAUUUAUGCAGUCGUUUCAUCAUAAAUUUGCCGCCAGAAGACAGAGGCAAUUUGGUACGAAUAUGUUUCCAAAUAGAAUUAGCACAUUGGUUCUAUUUGGAUUAUUACUGCACAGAUGAUAGCACCAGACUUAAUCCAUGUGGGAUAAGGGAAUUUGCAGCACAUAUUUUUCAGCAUGUUCCCACACUCCGUGAACACGUGAGCAGUCUGGACGCAGUGUUGGAUAACUGGAGAGUGUACAAGCAAAGCGUGCCAACAUAUGGCGCUAUUAUACUCGACACUGAGCUGUCACAUGUGUUGCUAGUGCAGUCGUACUGGACGAAGGCGUCCUGGGGCUUCCCGAAGGGCAAGGUUAAUGAGGAUGAAGAGCCGUGGAAGUGUGCUGCUAGAGAGGUACUUGAAGAGACUGGCUUUGAUAUCACCAAUCUCAUGAACAAACAAGACUUCAUAGAAGCUACAAUUCACGAUCAAAUAGUCCGCCUUUACAUUGUCGCUUACGUGCCGCGCGACACCAAGUUUCAGCCUAGAACCCGAAAUGAAAUUAAAGCGUGCGAAUGGUUCCCUAUCGCUGACCUACCAGCCAAUAGAAAAGAUAUGACGCCGAAAGUUAAAAUGGGCGUCAGCCCUAACGCAUUCUUCAUGGUUCUACCGUUCGUUAAACGCAUCAGGCGUUGGGUCUCCGAAAGAAAUCCUAAAGUAUUCUCGCGAAGAACGAGACACAAAUCCAUGGGAGAACUCGAAUCUUCCAAGGGCAAACCGAAAUCCAUAUCGCAAGGCUUGCAAAAUGAAAUACAAGAGUAUCAACAGAAUUCUGAAAAAUCUAAUUCAGAAUUGCAGGUAUCGAAAAGUAAUGGCCACUCCCACUCAAACUCGAAAGUCAACGGUAAUGGCAACAGAAAAGGCGGGAAAUCGACGAAACGUCAACUGUUUACACCACAGAAUGUCAACAAUGACACAAACAGAAUCUCGCCAGUGAAAAAUGAAGAAAGCGCAAAGGAUGAUUUUGAUAAUUAUUACAGUAAAUAUAUCAACUUCGUUGCGCCUUCGUGGGCGAAUUUUAAAUUCGACACACGUGCAAUUAUUGAAAGUUUAAAUUGAACGAGGGAUGUUUGAUUUGAUCUCAGGAACUUUUAUUAGAGAUAUUUUCGUGGAAGAAAUAAAAUUUUAAGACUGA